AUGUCGGCGCAAAACCAGCAAAAUUCGCCGGAAUAUCCGCAUUUUGCUCUAAUCUACAUUGACCGUCAAGGUAAUCUUCGUCACGAGUCGUCUCUAUCCGUUGCCAACAGUCGCGAAACCAUUCUAUCUCCACUGGUGACAGAUGAGUUUCUGCGAGCCGUACAGCGCUCAAGCGCCGCUACACCGUCACAUUCCCGAUUCGAGUUGGGUGCACCGCCCACAUAUCACCCGGUUGCUAGUGGACAGACCCCUGUUUCAACCCAGAUUGGCAAUAUUCAGCUCGGCCCAGAGAGAAAAGCACCUGAGGGCCAGUCUAGAGGCCCUCUGGUUGCAAGACCUCCCACUCAACCCCCACUAUGGUCAGCACCCCAAGGGCCAGGAGACUGGUCUCGCUGGUCGGGCCAGCACCCGAUCCCACAACCACAACAGAGACCCUGGGGCAUGGAACCGAACAUGAGGGGCAAUCAGACGGCUUUCAUAUCCAUCAGAGAUAAAGAUUUCCUACGUCGAUACUACGAAAAGAUCUUCCAGAAUCUACAGCAGACCAAUUGUCGUGUUCUGGCCAAGGCCUACGUCAAACUAGUUGAACCGCGCAAGCAAGUGAACUUUCCAUACAAUGGGCGAAAGAUCGUGGCCGGACAGACGCAACAGUUGGAUCCCGAUGAUACUAAGCCUCCUUGGUGGCCGACUGGGGUCAGUCACCGAGAGCCAGACCAUCUUCCCAAAGCCGAACGUAUUAGGCUCCUGGUUCACAUUCUCUGCGAACUGCGCACCACUUACGGUAUCACCGCACGCAAGUUAAAAGCUUCAGACCAGCCAAUCCGUCGACAAAUUUUGCCAGCCGAGCGAUUAGAAAUAUUAGACGAGGUCUAUCAAGUCAGAGAGGAGGAGGAAAAGCUUUUGGAUGGUGUGACUGAUGGAAAAGCCAUGGUGUCGAUCUCGCGCUCAAACCUUCCCGAUGCAGCAGAGGCUCUCGUCAACCGUGGCGAGCAAAAGCAGGAACCGGCCCCGAUCAAUGAAGACCCCAGCCCAGAGCCGAAGACAGAAACCAUGCCCGUCGUUGGCGGGCCCUCGAGAGCGAACCCCCCCACAACCUAUAUUCGUGACCGGCGCAGACAACCCUCCCAACCCACAACCCACCCCGAGUCCUACUCGGUGAAAAGGAAACGGCAGGAUUCAGGGCCAGAUGUUGCUAGUACUGUCAGCCCCACGACCAUGGGCUACUAUUCCCCGAUAUUUGUAGGCUCACAGCCAUUUAUGACGGAGCCUUAUGCUGGAAUGCAAGGCUUUCAAGCCUCGGGUGUUACGUCGCAGAAUAUGGCUCCUGGACAACCGAUACCAGAACAUUUCAGGGAGCCCAUGGAGAACUAUGAAUUUCCAUACUACUUUGAAAACUAA